AUGCACAGAACUUACUCUUUAAGAAACAACAAAGCACCAACUGCGGCUGAUUUGCAAUCUCCACCACCUCCACCAUCUUCAACUAGAUCAAAGUUUUUUGGUAGAGCUUCUAUUGCUUCUACUUUCAGAAAGAAUGCUGCUGGAAACUAUGGCCCAGAGCUGGCAAGGAAGUUGUCCUCCCUAAUCAAAACCGAAAAGAACAUCCUAAGAGCAACAGAAAUUGUUGCUAAUGAGCGUCGCGAAGCUGCUAGGCAAUUGUCGCUAUGGGGUGCUGAAAAUGACGACGAUGUUUCUGAUGUCACUGACAAGUUGGGCGUUUUAAUUUAUGAAUUAGGUGAAUUGCAAGACCAAUUUAUUGACAGGUACGAUCAAUACCGUAUUACGAUGAAGUCCAUUAGAAAUAUUGAAGCAUCAGUUCAACCAUCAAGGGAUCGUAAGCAAAAAAUCACUGAUCAAAUUGCCUAUUUGAAGUACAAGGAACCUCAAUCUCCAAAGAUUCCUGUUUUGGAGCAAGAAUUGGUCCGCGCUGAGGCUGAAUCACUAGUAGCUGAAGCUCAGCUAUCUAACAUUACUAGGGAAAAGUUGAGGGCUGCUUUUGACUACCAGUUCGACUCCAUUAGAGAAUUGUCUGAAAAGUUUGCCUUGAUUGCUGGUUACGGUAAAGCUUUGCUGGAAUUGUUGGAUGACGCCCCAGUCACUCCAGGUGAAACAAGACCCGCAUAUGAUGGUUAUGAUGCUUCCAGACAGAUUAUUAUGGAUGCAGAGGCAGCCCUAGAAUCUUGGACCCUAGACUCAGCUGUUGUCAAACCAUCGCUCUCCUUCCAUCAAAAUGCAGAUGACAUACAUGCUGGUGAUGAUGGCGGACAAGGCGAUAAUUGGAACCAUCAAAAUCAAUCCGUAGACGACAUGUUUAAGGAAAGAUAA